GAGAAUACACUAAGUUGACUGUGCCUUUAAAUGGCAUGGGACAUUCCAGAAAAUUAUGUCAUGGCUUUAGAAGCUUCUGAAAGUCUAAUUGACAUAAUUUGAGUCAAUUUGAGGUGUACCUGUGGAUGCAUUUUAAGGCCUACCUUCCAACUCAGUGCCUCUUUACUUGACAUCAUGGGAAAAUCAAAAGAAAUCAGCCAUGUCCUCAGAACAAAAUGGUAGACCUCCACAAGUCUGGUUCAUCAUUGGGAUUCAUUUACAAACGCCUGAAGGUACCACAUUCAUCUGUACAAACAAUAGUACGUACUUUGGUGCAAAAAGUGCAAAUCAAUCCCAGAACAACAGCAAAGGACCUUGUCAAGAUGCUGGAGGAAACAGGUACAAAGUAUCAAUAUCCACAGUAAAUCGAGUCCUAUAUUGACAUAACCUGAAAGGCCACUCAGCAAGGAAGAAGCCACCGCUCCAAAACCACCAUAAAAAGCCAGACUACGGUUUGCAAAUGCACAUGGGGACAAAGAUGGAACUUUUUGGAGAAAUGUCCUCUGGUCUGAUGAAACAAAAAUAGAACUGUUUGGCCAUAAUGACCAUUGUUAUGUUUGGAGGAAAAAGGGGGAUGCUUGCAACCCGAAGAACACCAUCCCAACCGUGAAGCACGGGGGUGGCAGCAUCAUGUUGUGGGGGUGCUUUGCUGCAAGAGGGACUGGUGCACAUCACAAAAUAGAUGGCAUCAUGAGAUGGAAAUUUAUGUGGAUAUAUUGAAGCAACAUCAGACAUCAGUCAGGAAGUAAACAUUUGGUCACAAAUGGGUCUUCCAAAUGGAAAAUGACCCCAAGCAUACUUCCAAAGUUUUGGCAAAAUGGCUUAAGGACAACAAAGUCAAGGUAUUCGAGUCGACAUCACAAAGCCCUGACCUCAAUCCUAUAGACAAUUUGCAGGCGCAACUGAAAAAGCGUGUGCGAGCAAGGAGGCCUACAAACCUGACUCAAUUACACCAGCUCCGUCAGAAAGAAGGGGCCAAAAUUCACCCAACUUAUUGUGGGAAGUCUACCCGAAAUGUUUGACUCAAGUUAACCAAUUUAAAGGCAAUGGUACCAAAUACUAAUUGAGUGUAUGUAAACUUCUGACCCACUGGGAAUGUGAUAAAAUAAAUAAAAGCUGAAAUAAGUAAUUCUCUCUACUAUUAUUCUGACAGUAGGUACAGUUGAAGUCAGAAGUUCACAUGCACCUUAGCCAAAUACAUUUUAACUCAGUUUUUCUCAAUUCCUGACAUUUAAUCCUAGUUAAAAUUCCCUGUCUUAGGUCAGUUAGGAUCACCACUUUAUUUUAAGAAUGUGAAAUGUCAGAAUACUAGAAGAGAGAAUGACUUAUUUCAUCUUUUAUUUCCUUCAGUACAUUCCCAGUAAUGCAAAGAGGCACUGAGUUUGAAGGUAGGCCUUGAAAUUCAUGGAGGUACACCUCCAAUUGACUCAAAUUAUGUCAAUUAGACUAUCAGAAGCUUCUAAAGCCGGGAUAUAAUUUUCUGGAAUUUUCCAAGCUGUUUAAAGGCACAGUCAACUUAGUGUAUGUAAACUUCUGACCCACUGGAAUUGUGAUACAGUGAAUUAUAAGUGAAAUAAUCUGUCUGUAAACAAUUGUUGGAAAAAUUACUUGUGUCAUGCACAAAGUAGAUUUCCUAACCGACUUGCCAAAACUAUAGAUUGUUAUCGAGAAAUUUGUGGAGUGGUUGAAAAAUCAGUUUUAGUGACUCCAACCUAAGUGUAUGUAAACUUCCCACUUCAACUGUAUAUUUGAAACCAAAUACUUUCCGACUUUUACUCAAGUAGUAUUUUACUGGAUGUCUUUCACUUUUACUUUAGUCAUUUUCUACUCAGGUAUCUUUACUUGUACUCAAGCAUGGGAAUUGGGUACUUUUUCCUUUUUCCACAAGCAGUGCUAGCUCCCUUAACAUUGCAGUGCUAAUUUCAAUAUGAUAAUAAUCAGAAGUCAAUCAAAAAUAAGAAGUAAUUAGAAGAAGGUGGUAAACUGAUAUGUACACUAUAGUACAGUAUAGAUAAUGAACAACAGAAUAUACAGUAUAGAUAAUGAACAAUGGGAUAUACAGAAUAUAUAAUGAAUGUGCUAUGUCAAGUUUGACAGUAUUUAAAAACAUAAAGUGGGUAGUGUCUUGGUCAUGCAGUUAAAUACAUAGUAUAUAAUAGAACAGCAGUGUUAGCUGUGUGUGUGUGUGCGUGUGUGUAAGGGUUGGAUGUGUGAAGAAUGCUGCUAACAUGCUGAGCCCAACGCCCGCUUCGAGUGCAAAAUAAAUGUACACAUACAUGUUAUUCAUUGCACCCACACUGCUCACACGUGUCAACGGGCGUAUCCAGGCUCUAAAAUAGAACUAAAUAGAACGCGGACGCAAGCGCACGAGCGGUAUGGUCAGCAUGUUAGGAGCAUGUUUUUUUUGUUGAUGUGCAAGUAGUCUCUAAGGUGCAGGUUUGAGCAGGUAGACAGCUUCGGUUAGUUGUUCAACAGUCUAAUGGCCUGGUGGUAGAAGCUUUCUUGGAGCCUGUUGGUCCGAGACCCAAUGCUCCGAUACCAUUUGCCAGAUGAUAACAUAAUGAGCAGUCCGUGGUUUGGGUGACCGGCAUACUUGAAGAUCUUCCUUGCCUUCCUCAGACACGGCUUGGUGUAAAUGCAGCCAGGUCACCUGUGAUAAAAGUCAGUAUUCGACAUCCAUCCAUGUCCGAGGAUGUCGCGAGAUGAAGUGGAAACCGUCCACUAGGGGCAUCUGCCUCUGGUGUCAAACAUUGCAUAUUCUAAUCCAGCGAUGGAAAGUUGUUUUUGAAAUGUUUGUUUUAAGCCUAUCCCAAACCUUAACCCUUACCAUAACCUUUUCACGUGUGAGUUCCAAAUAACGGUCGCCCCAGCGUGAGUUGUUUUAUGCACAUGAUGUCAAAAUACACUCACUGUUCCAAAAUGUGAUUGUUACGCAACAGGACAGUUAACGUGCGCUGCCUGAAAAUUAUCUAUCGGCUAUGUUUCAUCUUGUCAAUUUUCCCAAAAAUUCUAACAAGUUGUUUUUUCUAACAACAGUUUGAAUUGAGGUGUGUUCCACCUCCUCAUUAAUUCACAAAUAAGUAGCCCAUUUAAGUGUUGCAAAAAAAAUGUAUGUUUGAGGCUUUACUGAGCUGGACAACCUUCCCUCUUCGAGGAGAGCCCUUCCCGAAGUAUGCAGACAUAUAAACAGUCUUGCUGGAACUGGCCCAUUUUCUGGCCGGUGCUCGCAUUUUUGCAUUGAUAUUAUUCUUACAAAUAAUAACUUUGGACAUGUUUACUUAACGACGCAAGUCAGUUAAGAACAAAUUCUUAUUUACAUUGACAGCCUGCCCAGGCAAAAUCCUAACCUUGCCAUUUGUGAUCGAACCAGGGUCUGUAGUGACGCCUCGAGCACUGAGAUGCAGUGCCUUAGACCGCUGCGCCACUCAGGAUCCCAAAAAAUAAGACCUGUGUCUACUCUAAGUGUCCCAGUGAGGAGCAUGUGGUGAGGGCCAUGUCUCUGGCGAUGGAGAAGAGUGUCACUAAGUUGAUGUAUGACUUCCAGGGGAACUCUACCUCUGACGACGACUCAGGCUGCGCACUGGAGGAAUACGCCUGGGUGCCCCCUGGUCUCAGCCCUGAGCAGGUGCAUCAGUACUACGGUUCUCUACCUGAGGACAGGGUGCCGUAUGUGAACAGCCCAGGAGAGAAGCACCGCAUCAAACAGCUAAUUCACCAGCUGCCCCCGCACGACAACGAGGUCCGAUACUGCAACACACUGGACGACGAGGAGAAGAGGGAGCUCAAGCUCUUCAGUAACCAGAGAAAGAGGGACAACCUGGGAAGAGGCAAUGUCCGCCCCUUCCCCUUGUCCAUCAGUGGGGCCAUCUGUGAACAGUGUGGGGGCCAGAUAAAUGGACGGGACAUUGUGGUGUUUGCAUCGCGGGCAGGCCACGGCCUGGUGUGGCACCCUCACUGCUUCGUUUGCUGCAUGUGUGAGGAGCUCCUGGUGGACCUCAUCUACUUCCACCAAGAAGGGAAGAUCUACUGCGGCCGGCACCAUGCAGAGAGGCUCAAACCCCGCUGCUGUGCCUGUGAUGAGAUUAUCUUUGCUGAUGAGUGUACGGAGGCGGAGGGCAGGCAUUGGCACAUGAAACACUUCUGCUGCUAUGAGUGUGAGGCUCCGCUGGGCGGCCAGCGUUACAUCAUGAAGGAUGGACACCCACACUGUUGCAACUGCUUUGAGUCCCUCUACGCAGAGUACUGUGACGCCUGCGGUGAACACAUAGGCAUUGACCAGGGCCAAAUGACAUAUGACGGGCAGCACUGGCAUGCCACAGAGGAGUGUUUCUGCUGUGCCCGCUGUAAGCGCUCCCUCCUGGGGCGCCCCUUUCUGCCCAAACAGGGACAGAUCUACUGCUCACGCUCCUGCAGCGCCGGACAGGACCCAGAUGAAUCUGACUCCUCGGACUCGGCCUUCCAGAGUGCCCGCUCCCGUGAGUCCCGCCACAGCACCAAGAUCAUAAAACAGGAUCACCGAAAUACCGAGAAGGAGCGUCGCCAGCCAGCGCCCAUGCCUGACCGUCUGUCUGUCGAGGUGGACCCCCUGUCUAUCCAUAUGGACCGUCUGAGCCUUGGCUCCAUCCAGACACCCAGCCGAACCCCCAGUCGCACCCCAAGCCGCACCCCUAGUCUCAACCAGGUGUGGAUGAGCCGGGACGAACCUUACCCCCCAGCAUACGAGGCAGCCUAUGAGGGCUCCCCGCGGGACCCCUCUCCAACCCCCACGCCCCUGCUCCUGGGCCCGUGUAACCCCAGGCAGGGCUACAGCCCCAGCCCCAAACUCCACCCCCCAACCCAGAGCUCUGGCAACCCAGGGAAGAGGCCUGAGUCCUGGGUUAAAGAGCAGGGCAACACCAAGCGGACGCCCAUGGCGGCAUUGAGGGGCCAAUCCUUCCAGGAUAACUGGAUCCACCACAGCCAGGACGAGUUCCGGCCACCCAAGCUGAGGACCCAGAUGAGUUUUAACGAGGUGUCCAGCCAAGGCCAGGGCUUCUCAGACAAGAGGAGCAUCAGCAUGCAUGGCUUCCAGAGGGACAGCAGGCCCCCCCUGACCAGGAACGCCAUGAGCAACGGCAUUAGCUUCACAGAGCCCCUCACCCCUCUGGAACAAACCCCCCGAGGAUCCAUGGAGUCUCUGGCCCUGUCCAACGCUACAGGUAACUCUCUGGAUGGAGUCAAUAAGCGUCAGGAGCACCUGUCCAGGUUCUCCAUGCCAGACCUUAGUAAGGAUUCUGGGAUGAAUGUGUCUGAGAAGAGCAACAUGGGGACACUGGGUUCCCCUGUCCAGUUCCGCAGCUCUGAGUCCCUGACCUCCUCUCGGCCGUACAGGAACCUGAAUGCGCCCAUGCAGGUGGGGUACCCCCUGGGGUACUGGGACGCCCCCCAGCCUCUGGCCUUUGAGGGUAAAGGUCGUGUGGCCCUGAUGGGGAGUAGUGGCAACCUCCGCAUGCCCCCCAUGAUUGAGAGGACACCUCGUCGUCGGCCCAAUGAGCCAGAGCCCAUACGGCAACAACAACUACCAACGCAACCACGGCGACGGAAACACCGCGGCAACGGUAAUGAUGGAAACGGCAACCACCGCAACAGCGGUCGCCACCACCGCCGCUCUCGACGCUCACGCUCUGACAACGCCCUCCACCUGGCUGCCGACCGGGCAAAUCACAUGAUGGAACCACCACACCGUCGCAUUCAGGAGGACUACGACCGUUUCCCCGCCGGCCGCACCGCCCGGGACCUGUUUGGGGUUGGGGGCAUGGGUGGUUACAGACAACAGCCUUAUAGACCCUGCCCUCGCACCACCUCAGAUCUCACCCUGCACAAUGCAGCGGGGGGCGGGGGGAUUCAGCCGCUGGGCCUGGGGGGGCCAUACUGUGGUGGAGAGGGGUACGGGGAGGGGGCAGACCCCUGGUGCUCCAGCUGCUCCUCGUCCUCUGAGUCUGAAGAAGAUGAGGGUUACUUCCUGGGUGAGCCCAUCCCCAGACCUAUCCAGCUACGCUACCUCAACAAUGAGGAGCUGCGCCACAGAUACAGCCCUACAGGAGUGGGAGGGAUGGGGGGCCAUGGACCCAUACAUGGACCCCUACAUGGAGGAAACCACGGGCAGCUGCACGGACAGCUACAAAUGCGCCAGAGGAGGAAGAGCAAGAACUGCACCAUCUCAUAGAGAGUGAAAGGGAAAAAGAGAGAGAAAGGGAGUGGGAGGGAGACAGAGAAAAAUUAAGUGAGAGAGAGAGUAUGUGAAAGAGUGUAUGUGUAUGUGUCAGAGAGAGAGAGAGACAUAUAUAUUUGAUGUGUGUAAGUUAUACAACUGGCUCUGUGCGCAGGG